UCUGGCUGUAGCUACCCCGCUCGCUUGCUGUUUCGCGGUACAGGCGGUGCGGGUGUCGCCGCGACAGGCGCAGGGGGUUGUGCCGGUCCCCCUCGCCCUCUCCCCGCGGAGAGAGGCGGAGCCGCCGGUUCCCCGCCCGCCUGACGGCCUGCCUGCGGUUGGGGGUUGUGGCCAUGCUUCGCGGAGCGGUGGCAGCGGCGGCCUGGCUGCGCGGCCCCUGCCGCGGCGAGGGGAAGGUGGCAGCUCGGCGGCGUUGCAGCGCGGCACGGCGGCGGGAGUGGGUGCCGCCGGCUGGCUGGGACAGCGGGAUCGUGGCGUACAACAGCCGGAGCCGGAGCAAGGGGCCGCUCAUACUGGCCACGGAAGGAGUGGCGACCUGGUACAGCUGCGGGCCGACGGUGUACGACCAUGCGCACCUCGGGCAUGCCAGCUCUUAUGUUAGGUUUGAUAUAAUUCGAAGGAUCAUAACAAAGUUUUUUGGAAUUGAAGUUAUCAUGGUGAUGGGGAUCACAGAUGUAGAUGACAAGAUAAUAAAAAGAGCCAAUGAGAUGAAUAUAUCACCUGUAGCUCUUGCUCGUAUAUAUGAAGAAGACUUUAAACAAGAUAUGGCUGCCUUAAAGGUCCUUCCUCCUACAGUGUAUAUGAGAGUGACUGACAAUAUCCCUCAGAUCAUUGCCUUUAUAAAAACAAUAAUUGCCAGUGGGCAAGCUUACGCAACCUCACAAGGCAAUGUUUAUUUUGAUGUUGAAUCUUGGGGGAAAAGAUAUGGAGUAUUAACUGCUAUUUAUCCUGAUACUCCAGAUGAAUCAGUUGAUACUGAUAAACAACAUGGUAAAGAUUUUGCUCUGUGGAAGGCUGCCAAACCUCAAGAGCUAUCUUGGACUUCUCCCUGGGGAAAAGGAAGACCUGGAUGGCACAUUGAGUGUUCUACAAUAUCAAGUGCAGUGUUUGGAAAGCAGCUGGACAUCCAUACCGGUGGAAUAGAUCUUGCAUUCCCUCAUCAUGAAAAUGAAAUUGCACAGUGUGAGGUCUAUCAUCAAUGUGAGCAAUGGGGGAAUUACUUUUUGCAUUCUGGGCAUUUGCAUGUUAAAGGAAGUAAAGAAAAGAUGUCCAAGUCAUUAAAAAACUACAUAACAAUUAAGGAUCUCCUGAAGAAAUCUUCGUCGGAUCAAUUCAGGAUGUUUUGUUUGCGGAGCAGAUACAGCUCAGCGGUAGAAUUUAGUGACAAGAGCAUGGAUGAUGCAAAACACCUUCUUCAGGCAAUCUCCUCAUUUAUUAGAGAUGCAAAUGCUUACAUAAAAGGAGAGCUGCUGUGUGACCCUGUUAGAGAAGACAUACUGUGGGAAAGGCUGGCCAACACAAAAGUAACCGUGAAGGCUGCUUUUGCAGAUGACUUUGACACCUCCAGGGCUGUUGCAGCAAUUAUGGACCUCAUUCACCAUGGCAACAGACAGCUUAAGGCUGUUACUAAGGAUGCUGGAUCUCCUCGAAGUUCUGUUGUGUAUGGAAGCAUUAUUUCCUAUAUAGAAGGCUUCUUUAAUGCCCUUGGGAUGUCCUUUGGAGAAAGACAGGUGGCUCUGGGAGGAGACGACUCUGCUGUGCUCUCUAAUGUCAUUGAUGAGCUCGUGAGGUUCCGAGCCAAGGUCCGUCAUUAUGCACUCGCUCUUCCAGAAGCAGACAACACCGUGCCAGUGGAGGGUGCCACGGGAGCCAAAGGACUGAAACAGGAACAAAAGGAAAGGAGGCAGCAGUUAAUGCGGGAGAGAAAACCACUCCUAGAGGCUUGUGACAGUCUGCGUGGCGACCUUGCUGCCUUUGGAAUCCACAUACAGGACAGAGCUGCUGUUUCAACUUGGGAAAUCAAGGAAGGAGGGGAAGCAGAGCAGCAGACUGAGAAAUAAAGUUUUCCUUGGACAUGUUUUUUUUUUUACUCCAGUUGCUUUGGCAACAGUUGUAAAUAUUGUUUCCAAAUAAACUCGUGGGGAUGGAGUGGCUAAUGAAGAUAAAAGAGAAUCUGAGCAAAACCCUCCACACUACUACUAGGUAAAUAAAUACAGGACGCACAGCAGGUGUGUAGGCAAUGCAGGUGGUGGAAGCAUCCAAAAUACAGAGCAGUAGGGAAGCAGCUCUGGUGUCUGACACAUGUAGUAGUAUCUUCUUUUGCAGGAAGUGCCCCAGCUGAGGCUGAUGCCCCCAGUUGAUGCCUGACUCACCCUGCACCCUGCUUUGCUGAGCUGGCUCCAAGAAUUGAAACAGUGAAGCCAGAGGCAAGAACUUAGGCCUGGCUUUAAGGGUGAAUAGAGU